UUUUGUUCAGUAGUGUCAAAUGAGAAAUAUCUCUGGAAAUAUAAAAAUUUCUUGAUAAAUAUUGGAUCUGCAUAUAUUUUGCAACAAUAAUUUCUCGAUAUUUAUUACCAUAGAGCCUAUCAUAAUAAAGUCUAUAUAAUUUAAGAAUUCUAUAAUGGCCUCCGAAUUAAUGCAAGAUAAAUUGAGCAUAAAAAAUUUGCUCUUUAAAAAAGCUAUGCCCAGCCUUACAAGUCCUGUACCAAUACAGGGUCAUAAGUCUUAUCCAUGUACUGACUGUGGGGAUAGGUUUUUACUAGAGUCAAGUUAUGAAACUCACAUUAACCGUAAAUCUUUAAUAAUUAAAUAUGAGUGCCAACGUUGCCAUCAAAUUAGAAUAUUUAAUAACAGGUGCAGACUAUUAUCACACAUAAGGUCUCAUACAUUUAAAUCAGCUACUAUUAAUGUAAGUGACUUGAAAAUUGAACCAUUGCCUGUCGAGCAUUUUAAUUCUAUAAGUCUAGAAUUGGGAAGUCAAGUCAAGAAUAAACUUGAUGAUACAUGUUAUGAAUGUAAAAAAAUUAUCAAAGCACCUAGUGGACUGUCACACAAGGCUAGAGCAGAGCAUUAUAUGCAAUUUUCCCAAGAACCAUUUCAUACAUGUCCUAUUUGCUUAUUUACUAUACCUACUUUUUGUGGUCUUUUAGCCCAUAUGAGAAUUCAUUUAAAAAUACCCCCAUAUUAUUGUCCCGAAUGUGGCUUCAACUUACCAAACAGAAAUAUAUCAUAUCCCUAUAGUCAUGAUUGUGAUGGUUUUAAAAUGAUGAGGGCUACUGCCAGGGCAAAAUGUCCAGUUGAAAAUUGUGAAACAAUCGUUCAUCCAAGCGAAUAUCAGUCACAUCUUAAAAGUCAUUAUAACAUGUUAAUGAAGUGCCAGAUGUGUUUUGAAACUUUCAGUAAUCGAAAAGAUCAUAAGUGUCCAAAUGCUCAUAUUGUUUUUUGUUUUCAAUGUCCUCUAUGCAGUGAAAAAAUAUCUUUGAAAUCACAAAUUGAUAAACAUUUAAAUGCUCACUUAUUUAUAGAUCCUUUAAAAGAUGUUUAUCAAUGCCAUAUAUGUAAGACAAUAUUUACCCAGAUGCAUUUCUUGUUAAAUCACAUAGUAGUUAAACACGGUGCUGUUGCUGUAAAAAAAAUUCUAUCGAAAAUUAUAAGACCAAGUGCAUCAAAAAACAAAAAAAACGGCUUAUACCACCGUAUUGUUAAAAGAUGCGAUAAAUGUUUGGUAACUUUUACAUAUAGAUGUCUGUAUGAAAAUAUUGACUCUUUGCCCAUUCAGUGUCCCUAUAAAUGUUCAUCGUUAGCUGCAAAUAAUUCUAAAAGUAAGAAAACUUCUUGUCCAAAUAGUGACAUUCACGAUAAAUUUAUUGUUUGUUCUCUCUGUAAAAAUAAAAUUAAGGAAGACUGGAAUACUAUAAAGGAGCAUUUUGCUUCAUUUCAUAAAACAUAUAAAUGUCUAGAUUUAAAAAUAAAACUCAAUAAGAUUGAUAAAAGACUGACUUGUUUAACCAAAAACAAAAGAAGCAAUAUUAAAAUUACAAAAAAUGCUAAAACAAAUUGUAAAAGAAAAGUUAAUUCUUUAAUAGAAUUUAAAAACACUAAAAGCAUCGCGGUUAUUGAAAAAAAUAAUACAACAUAUGAGGGUAUGACCGACCAUUUUUGCAGAAUCUGUAAUUAUAAAUGUGAAACCAAGCUGCAGUUAGAAGAUCACAUUGUUAUGAACCAUAAAGAUCCUUUUAUGGCAUAUCAGUGUUUGGAAUGUGGGCAAUGUUUUGCAGUAAAACGAUCUUUUGCAACACAUUUGUUGUUGGAACAUGAGAUAUUUGAUGUUCAAAUUUAUAUUGAUACGAAACAGUGUUAUAAUGAACUUGCUCUGCAAAAAAAUCCAAUGAAAUCAACGGAGUUAGAAGAGAAACCUGUACAGGAAAAUCAAUGUAAAAUUUGUAGAGAACAAUUCACGAAUUCUAAUGAUUUAGAAAAACAUUUCCGGGUACAUGGAAUGGCAUUUCUAAUGAAAAACAGAAACAGCGUUGAAAAAUGAUCAAAAAAAAUUAACUAUACAAUGUAAGACGGAUUAAGAAAAGAAUGCGUAUUGUGAUACGUCGGUACUGUUAAAGUUUUAGAUUUGUUGAAUUCAAAUUCAUUGUUUUAGGUGUAUAUAUUUCACAUUUUUGGAAGAAAUUUUAUGAGAAGUGCAUAUUGUUAACAAUAUGUAAAUAAUUUUGUGUCAUUUACAAUUAAACAUUUAUGCAUA